GGGAGCGCCCGCCCCACGCCGCUGCCCUCGGCCCCGCACCAGCGCCUCCGGCCGCGGAAACCGCCCCGAAAGAGAGAGAGAGAACUUGUUCGUCCGUCCCCGCCUGCCUCCCCGCCGCCCGCGCAUCCUCUCCCGCGGCGCAUCCGCCCGCCCUCCGGGUCCUGCUCCCCCCGUACUCGGGGCCGGUCCGCUGGCUCCGGCUGGAACGUUUCCCCGCUGGUUUCCCUCGGAGGGGUUUAGUCGGUAGCGGUACACCGAGGAGAGGCUCCGUCUCUCAAGCAUCCUGUCUCACCCUGCGGGGGAAGGGAGCUGGGUGGGGGCAAGCCAGGAAGGGAGGAUCUCAGUGGCUCUCCUAAAAUCUAUCAGCAGGCUGCGAGGAGGGAAGAGUUUGGCACUUCGCAGCGAGGCUGGGCUUGUUUUCCCUAGCGGUGAUGCCGCUGGACUGAGAGCGGCGCGGCCGCGCGAGUUAGGGGGACGGAGCCCCCCCAUCUCCUUCCAGCGCCCCCCAGACCCGGUGCAGCGCCCUCAGCCCCGCGGCUCGUCCCUGCCGCCCCACUGUAUGAGCGCUGCUGCGAGCACAGGGCGGCUCGGCGCCUGCUAGGGCUGCUCUCCGCCGCCCCCCGGACUUCCCCAGCACCGACGAGGAGCGGCGCGCACCCCGCACCCGGAGAGUUGUCUCGGCAGGCUCCGUGCUAUGGCGAGGCUGCGGAGGAGCAAACUAGCCGCCGGAUUUCUAUUACUUUUCCAGUGCCUGAGCGAGCGCUGCCAGCUCGCCGGCGGGGAGACGCCGAGGCAGAGCCGCGGUGUGUUUUAUGAAGUUGUUCAGAGCUUCCCUCGAGUGGAGGAAAAUGUGGAGGUGGAUUCAUUUGUAAGCGGCCACAGGUGGAGAAGGCACUCAGAGUCCCUCAAAUCCGUGGACACCAACAGAGCCAGCAUGGGGCAGGAUUCCUUGGAGCCAGGGGGUUUCACAGACCUGCUGCUUGAGGAGGGACAUGACAACACCACACAGAUUGAGGAGGAUACAGAUCAUAAUUAUUACACAUCAAGGACGUAUGGCCCCUAUGAUUCUACCAGCCGGGAUCUGUGGGUCAAUAUAGACCAAAUGGAGAAGGACAAAGUAAAGAUUCAUGGGAUCCUUUCCAAUACCCAUCGUCAAGCAGCAAGGGUGAAUCUGUCCUUUGAUUUUCCAUUUUACGGACAUUUUCUACGUGAAAUUACUGUGGCAACUGGAGGUUUCAUAUAUACUGGAGAAGUUGUGCAUCGAAUGUUAACAGCUACCCAAUAUAUUGCACCAUUAAUGGCAAAUUUUGACCCCAGUGUGUCAAGAAAUUCAACAGUCAGAUACUUUGAUAAUGGCACAGCACUAGUUGUCCAGUGGGACCAUGUACAUCUGCAGGAUAAUUACAACCUGGGGAGUUUCACUUUUCAGGCCACCCUUCUCAAUGAUGGGCGUAUCAUUUUCGGCUACAAAGAAAUUCCUGUUGCUGUGACACAGAUAAGUUCAACCAACCACCCAGUGAAAGUGGGACUUUCAGAUGCAUUUGUGGUCGUGCACAGGAUCCAGCAAAUUCCCAAUGUCCGCAGAAGAACAAUUUAUGAAUACCACAGGGUGGAGCUACAGAUGUCAAAGAUUACCAAUCUCUCAGCUGUUGAAAUGAUACCACUUCCAACUUGUCUCCAGUUUACCAGCUGUGGUCCCUGUGUCACUGCCCAGAUUGGUUUCAACUGCAGCUGGUGCAGUAAACUCCAAAGAUGCUCCAGUGGAUUUGAUCGUCACCGGCAAGAUUGGGUAGACAGUGGCUGCCCUGAAGAGUCAAAGGAUAAGAUUUGUGAGAGGAAUAUAGACACAACUGAAACACCUCUGUACUCCACCACCACCCUUCUGCCAACCACCACAAGGUUCAGAGUUUUAACAACCACCAGAGGAUCCACCACUUCCCACCUUCCAACCAGCCUGCCCACAGAAGAUGACACCAAGAUAGCACUGCACCUAAAAGAUAAUGGAGCUUCAACAGACGACAGCGCGGUGGAGAAGAAAGGUGGAACACUUCACGCCGGGUUAAUUGUCGGCAUCCUGGUGCUGGUCCUCGUUGUGGCUGCAGCCAUCCUCGUGACUGUCUACAUGUAUCAUCAUCCAACAUCAGCAGCUAGUCUCUUCUUUAUAGAGCGACGUCCAAGCAGAUGGCCAGCAAUGAAAUUCAGAAGAGGAUCUGGACAUCCUGCCUAUGCUGAGGUGGAACCAGUGGGAGAAAAAGAAGGGUUCAUUGUAUCAGAGCAGUGCUAAAAUUUCUGGGACAGAACACCAGUACUGGCCUACAGGUGUAAGACAUUUAUUUUGCCUCUCUUUAAGGAAAAGGAGCCCUAAGCUGCUGUAGCCUGAUAGAAAGAAGAUUCUGGAUAAACUUUGUCCAAGAAGAGAAACUAUCUAAGAUACCAGAUUACUACUGCACAGUAGUUUUUGUUAGUGGACUGAGACACAAUGGUUCAUGCUGAACACUUGUCAGUGGACACCUACAGUAUCAGAACCAUGGCACAAGUGCCAUGUUAUUUGCUUUAGGUGUGGGGAUGCACAGUAAUCAGAAAUAUAAUAAAGCUUUGGUGC